AUGGCCAGGACCAACGCCCUCGAUGACGUCCUGAACUCAGUGCAGAAGACAUGGCAUGCUGUAUGCUUGCGAGCAACGCCUCUUGCUCUCUUGAUCACCACGCUCGCUCUUCUCUUUCCUUUCAUGUCUCUUUACUUCCUCGCUCUUUCCCAGCGCGAACAACCCACUGCGCCGCCCGCUGGGUGCCGCAAACUCAACAAAAGCAGUCCUUCCAACCUGUCCGACCAGUUCUCCAAGAAGUACGACAAUGGCGCCGAAUCAUCCGCAUCCAAUCCCUGGAAAGUCAAGGCAUUGAUGGUGUACCCGCUCAAGAGCUGCGCAGGCGUGGAGCUCGAUACAGCUGAAGUCGGGCACAGGGGCUUGAAGUACGAUCGCCAAUUCACCUUCGCGCAGCAAGUGACAGGCUUACCCACCCUAGAAGGCAAAGUCAAAAGUCAAUGGACCUUCAUCACGCUAAGGCAAUUCCCGCGCCUCGCAAGAGUAGAAGUCGAGUUGUGGGUCCCAGACCCGGAAGCGCCUGGGUAUGACAAGGACGGCGAAUGGGUGAAGAGCGAUGGUUGUAUUGUAGCUCGGUUCCCAUUCAGUCCUGAUACGGAGCUCAGCGUCGCCGGUAUCAGGAACUACGGAAGGAUUCUGGCUGCGAAGUUGGGAGGGAAAUCGGAGCCCAUGGUUGAGUUUCGGAUACCGUUCAACCCAAAGAAAGACAGGAUCACAACCAGCGGGUACCGGAAAGAGCCGGUGAAGAUCUUCGAUGAUGUACCUGUAGCGUUGAACAUGGGCUGCGAGAUCAUCGAAGAGACAACGUCGAAACUUAAGUACACCCUCGGCGUAUCGAACCCGUUGACCAUCUUCCGAAUCGAUCCCGACGCUCCUAGAUCGGUCUUACAUAAUGCACCGAAGAAGGAUGAUGUGGGUUUCCAAACAUCGAUCGGGAUGCAGGAUGCUCAUCCAGUGCAAAUCCAGAACCUUGCUUCAAUUCACGACGUCUCUUCCAGAGUCCCCGCGCGCUUCCGACCCCUCAACAUCCUCCGCUACCGCCCUAAUAUCAUCUUCAUCGGCCCACCCGCCUUUAACGAAGAUAGCUGGAAGACAGUCACCCCGCUAGAGGAAGGUUUUAUCAGUGUGGGUGACAAGGUCGAGGUACUGGCGACAGGAGAGCACUACUUCAUCGAAUAG